AUUCUGUUAUCUUAUUGGUCGGAGGGCAGAGUUGUGAACUUUUAUUGGUCGAUGACCGGCUUCAUCAUUCCGGAAGUGGUGUAUAGAGCACACGUGUGGAAGGGGUUUGUUGUUGACGGCGUAAUUAUGAGCUCGCGAUUAUCUGUGCCCCUUAGCGAGGCGUCCGUUGCUACUUCCGAGACCGACCCCUGUUUGUCUGACAGCGGGAGCGACGGUCCUUGGGAGGACUUCGGGGAAGACUCAGAAGAUCCUCCGUUGCAGAUUCCGUGUCUUUUCUGUGACAGAUUUUUCAGUUCACCUGAAGAUGUGUUUUGCCACUGUUCAUCUGACCAUAGAUUCAGUAUUGAGAAGAUGGUUCAUAAACAUAGACUUGAUUUUUAUGGAUAUAUCAAGCUAGUAAACUUCAUUAGGAUGGAAAAGCCAGCUGCGGAUUUUCUUAUUUCUAUCAGUGCACCAGUUCCCUGGGAGGAAGAAAAGUACUUGAAGCCUGUUUUGAAAGAUGAUUUUUUACUCCAGUACGAUAUAGAUGAUGCUAUUGACUCUGCCAGUACCUCUUGUCCUAGUGGGUUAACAGAGACUUCAUUUCUCCUGGAACGCUUGAAAUGUGCAGAGCACAGAGCAGAGUUGGCAGAAGCUGCGCUGGCCGGAGCCCAAGAAGAUCUUCAGAAAAUGAAACAAUUUGCACAGGAUUUUGUGAUGAAUGCAGAAGUCAGAAGUGGCUCAGCAGCCAGUGCCAUUGCGGAACUACAGGAGAAUGAGGAGAAUGUUUAUUUCAGCUCGUACGGGCACUAUGGGAUACACGAAGAGAUGAUAAAGGAUAAAGUCCGUACAGAAAGCUAUCGUGACUUCAUAUAUCACAAUCCACACAUCUUUAGAGAUAAGAUUGUCUUAGAUGUUGGCUGUGGAACUGGAAUCUUGUCCAUGUUUGCUGCAAAAGCAGGUGCAAAGAAGGUCAUAGGAGUGGACCAGUCUGAAAUUAUUUACCAGGCCAUGGACAUCAUUAGGCUCAACGGACUUGAAGAUACCAUUUCUUUAAUCAAAGGAAGAAUUGAGGAAGUUGAUUUGCCUGCUGAAAAAGUCGAUGUUAUAAUUUCUGAGUGGAUGGGAUAUUUCCUCCUUUUUGAGUCAAUGCUGGAUUCUGUGAUUUAUGCAAGGAACAAGUACCUGGCAAAAGGUGGUUCAGUAUAUCCUGACAUCUGUUCCAUAAGCUUGGUGGCAGUAGGUGACCUCAAUAAACAUGCAGACAGGCUAGCUUUCUGGGAUGACGUGUAUGGCUUCAACAUGUCCUGUAUGAAGAAGGCUGUAAUUCCUGAAGCUGUUGUAGAGGUGUUGGAUUCAAGUACUCUUCUGUCUCAAAGUUGUGUUAUCAAGUGGAUAGACUGCCAUGUUGUAUCAGUUUCAGAACUGGAAUUUACAUCUGAAUUCACCUUGCCAGUUAUGAAGACUUCACUUUGUACGGCAAUUGCUGGAUAUUUUGAUAUACAUUUUGAGAAGAAUUGCAAUCAGAAAGUCCUGUUCUCAACUAGUCCUUGCAGUGCCAGAACACACUGGAAACAAACACUAUUCUUUUUGGAGAAUCCUCUCCAUGUAGAAAAAGGUGAAGAAUUGAAAGGAAAGAUAAUUAUCCGCAAAAACAGAAAAGAUCCACGUUCACUUAUCAUCACUCUUUCAGUUAAAGAUGUGAAACAGACAUACAGUCUUCAGUGAAAAUAAUUCAACAACCAACUUUUGAGAAAGACUUUGAAACCGUGCCUCAUAUUUCAGAUACUUGCAUCUGAAUAAAGAUUGUGAUUAUUUGGUACAAAUGCAAAUGGUUUUUUCCUGAAAUGAUAGCAUUAGCUGUGUUCUUUGGGACCAUUAAUGGCUUUCCUUUGAACAGUAUUUUAUAAUGAGAGAAGAAAUGCCAGUAGGUAGGUAAAUACCUGUUAAAAAUUCAGAGUUGAGUACAAAUCUUAUCUUGUACUUGGACACCUCCACCUCCUGUGUAUUAGAAACAUUCAACUAUUAUUUGUUUAUAUACUUUUAUUAAAUCUGUAGCUUUCUAUAGUUUUAAAUAUUUAGGAACACUUUCGUUGUGGAGGAAAAGCAAAUUAGAGCAUGAAGGCUAUUCACUAGUUCUAGUGGGUCUUGGCCUGCCUUUAGUUGUCUAAAUCUCAUUACUUCCUCCAGUGCAUUACUGUUGGAAGUAUUUUCAUAUAGAAGAGCUCAUGGAAUGAUCUACCUUUCCACUAAAGCUGUAUCUAAGUCAAAUUUUAACUUAAGUUGCCAUUUCCUUUUGCGCCCCCCCCCUUCCCCGCCUUUCUACACCCCUGACUCAAAAUCUAGUCCAGACCAGGCUGUGGCAAGUGGGGGAUGUGGAGCAUGUUGAUGGGGAGGGGGCAGGAGGAAAUAGUGAUGAAGCUACAAUUUUACUUAGGUCUUUACGUGGAACAGGGUAUACUCCAGGAGUAGAAGAGCGCAGUGUGGAGGGCUUCAGUAGAACCCCCCUACCUUUUCACUUGCAUAAGUUUUUGUACCAUUCAUGGAAAGUUCAUGGAAGAGGAGGAGAACUACCAAUUUUCUCUUGAGCUUCAACCCUCAAGCUGAUCCAGCUAGUCAACUUUUUCUGUCAACAGUUCAGUCAAAUUAACCCAUUGCCUUUUUAAUUAUUGUAUCAUGAAGUCGUAGUGAAGUCUGAAGAUGAAUCUUGUCUGUUGUCUCAUCUUGUCUGCCAACUCUUUAUAUUUGUUAUAUCCUGCAGCAAACCUGGGUAUGCAUUCAGAUUUUGACAUCAUAUUAUGAACUGUUCAAAGUAAAAAGUCUCUUACAAAGUAAAA